AUGGACGACACCAAAGUCAACAUUAAGCGGGAGAACUUUAAGGACUCCCUCUCCAAAGCCCUGAACAACCGUGCCGCGUCGACCAAAUUCCCCUUCGCCAUGACUCCCUCCACCUCCUCCGCCGCGCCCUCCGUUGUUUGGUCAGCUUCCAGUUCCACUCCGCAGAAGAAACGUCCUAUACUUUCCCCAACUUUUGCAACCCGGGACGCGAAGCGCACCAUUACCACUACCUCGACCACCACCAAGCCUACCAUUCCCGCCCACCUCGUCGCCGACCUGAAGGUCCUGGUGGAACAACUCGAAUCCGCAACCACUCCCGCCACCACCGCUGCCGAAGCGGACUCCACCAUCUACACCGAAGACAACCUCCGUGAGUGGGGGCCUUUCGAGCAGAAGUCAGACGGAUGGGGUGACAUUCGCGAGAAUGUACCCUGGGUAGACACCGCUCUCAACAUCAUCAAGCAGGGCGAAAAGGUCUAUGAGAAGAACCUCAAGGCCUUUCAGGAUAUCGCUGAUAAGCUAAUGGCUCUCGGGGAUCAAGCGCAGGAAAUUCGGACCGAGAUGGACGCAGUGUGUGCGAAGCUUCAUUGUUUCCAUGAGGCUUGUCUUGAUCUGCAAAUUGAGGUGGGUAAUAUCUCGUCUCAGGAGGUGUGCGAUAUUACUAGGCUGUCGUUGGAGGCGCUUCUUGAGGCCCAUGCGGGUGAUGUGGAGGGGUGUGCCACUGUGAAGAAAGCACUGGGGAAGAAGGAUGAUGAAUGGAAUGAUGGUUGGUAG